AACCUCACCUCUCUGGUCCUCCUUUCGCUCAACCGGAACAAACCAGAACCAGAACCCCAUUGGCUAAUCGUGAGCACACCUGUCGCUGAUUGGCCUGUGUUCACGAAGAGGAGCGAGUCCUCGCGUCUCCAUUAACGACCAAUUAAAGGAAGGAGUAAACAUGGCAAGAGAAGAGGACGCGUUUGAGCAGACUUUUUCUUUUAUUCCUCUUCACACUAAGACGUUUACUUUCCUACAGGACAAAGACACCUUGGCGCGGUUAAUGAAAUGGUCCAUGCUCGGGAGGAUUUCCGCUCAGUCGUACAGUUUUGACCACAGCUUCUCCUCUUACAACAGUGGAAAAUUUGCACUGUGUUUCUUCAAAGACCCCGAGGUGGUGUCCAGUCUGAGAAAGAUGGAAGCUGGAGUCUGGGUGCCUCUUGACAAGCCAGUGGUGUCUGUCAGUGUGGAGCCCGUGCCUUGCACUAAGGUCUCCAUGGAGCUGUUUGAUCCAAUUUACUCUUGCGGCAUCUUGAGGCCCACUGGACAUGUAGUUAAAUGCUUUCAUGAUGUCUACCCUGACUAUGAUGAACUCAGACAGAUGUUGCAGGACGAGGACUCUGAGCGCUACUAUGUGGUCGGGAGGGAGGAGCGGGGAGAGUUCCUGUUUAGGCUCUUCAAGCACUUGUGUCUUGGGGGAGAGCUCUGUCAGUACGAAGACGCCAUUGAUCCUUACAUCAGCACCACAAACGUGCAGAAGGACCCAGAAACAAAAAAGAUCAGUGUGGUCUCCACCGUCAUCAAAAUUUGUGUAUUUGACAAGUCUGGCCGAUGUUACCCCGGGACACGAGAGGAGGAGCAGACAUUUGCCUAUUUGAUUGUCGACCCCUACAAACGACACGUAACUUUGUUCUGUCACUUCUACGGUGUGGGAGAGUUUACGGUGUGACAGCAAAGAACUGGAAAUGGAAAACCUGCAGAUUUCCUGCAGCUCACACUUGCAUCACAGCCUGUAUGUAAAAGAUGGAUGUAUACUGUGGGUCUGAAAGGUGAUGGAAACGCAAAAGUGCCUUGACCCUGCAUUCUUUCUCUUGGCCAGGAGGGGGCCGUUGUAUCAAAGCCAGUGAGCAAACAAACCCUACUGCUCAUUUCAUUUAUGACCUCACUAAACUCUUCCCUGAUGACGUUCAGGUCUCAAGCUCUCGUUUUAAUCCUUAUUGAAUACAGGAUGGUGUCCCUUUUGUAAAUUGAGGUCCUAUUAAAGGAAAUGGAUAAUAUAACUUUAGGCCAUGGAUACAGUGUGAUUGACAAGUCUCAGACAGCAAGAUGGUGACAGUCAAAAUGCACAAUACAGGAGUCCACAAAUCAUUGGAUGACAUCAUGGUGGCUACUCCCAACUUUUCUCUACAGGCCAUGGUAAUUUCUCAGUUUUCAUCCUAUUAGAAAAGCAGUUGAAGACCAGUUCCCUGGAUUUGAGUGUAAAAUACACAAAAUGUUUUAAUCUUGUCUCAUAUAAAUAAUUAAAAACAUCUCUUUGACUCCAGCUGAAUGUUUGGAAAUAAGAACUGAACACCAAACUUUAAAUAAAUUCAGGAUUUUGGGUCCAAUAUUCUCCUUGAAACAGGUUUGUGUUAGAAAGUCUUGAACAAAUGUAGUUAUUUAUUGUAACAUAGGAUUUAUUAUUUACUAGUUCUAAGCUCUAUUUAAUUUCCACUGAGGUAUUCCAUGUUGGGGUUGUCAUGUACCUCUUCCUGGAAGGCUAAAUUAAUACUCCUUACCAGAUGGCGUGUGGCCAUUAUACAAAGGAGUUGUGUGUUUUUGAUCUACCGUUGUGGGAUCAGUGCAUCCACAUGCAUACAUAAUGCCAACUAAGCCGUGCCUGCAGUAAAGAAGCUAAAACUAAUAGCGAGGGCUCCAGUUUCAAUCUCGCAUUCUGUCCAAUAUUCAGAGGUGAGAGUCAAACAGCU